AUGGGACUCCUGCAUUUCAAUCAAACCACCAACCAGCUUUUCCACUGCAACGGCGUCACCUGGAAACCCUGGGCCCCAACUGAUCAGGUACGACAGCCUGAGAAGACUCUGGGGCUGGCCUGUUGGCUAGCUGCUGCUGCUGCCUGGUGGUAGUGGCUCCUCCUGCCUGGUGGUGGUAGCUCCUUCUGGGGCUGGCCUGGAAGCUAGCUGCUGCUGCUGCCUGGCAGUGUUGACUCCUCCUGGGGCUGGCCUGUUGGAUAGCUGCUGCUGCCUGGUGGUGGAUGCUCCCUGGCUGGCCUGGUAGCUAGCUGCUGCCUGGUGGUAGUGGUUCCUUCUGGCUAGGCCGGUAGCUAGCUGCCUUUUACUACCUAUGCAAUUCUAAGUCAGCAAACGACACUCAGAGCUGACUUUUUAGUCCAAAUUGAGGAUAUUGCUUGAUUUUACUCUAUGCCAUUCAACAAUGAAAUUUAACAAACAAUAGUCAAAAGAUUCAGCAGAUAUUAAGUGGAUAGAGAGCAGGAACUCUUACAGAGAAAACACACCAGUGGCCAUCUUGGAUUGUAACAAUAGCCUGUUAACAGUAGGCUACUUUCAUUAAAGUUUAUUAUCUGUGGACACUAGAAAAGUACGGUUGCUUUGAAACAAGCGCCAAAUGUCUGAAGUACUGAUAUACAAAAAAAUCUCAAAAAUAUAAAGUAGUGCACACAGAUAUGAAUUUAUUUUGGUGCUAAUUAGGGCUGUUAAGGUCUAUGUUCAGUGAACACUGAACUGAAUGCAUGAACUCCCAGUUCCCACACAAAGCAUUUCCUAGCUGUCAUCCAGUGAGAGACAGAGCGCACCCCAUGCUGUACCUUUUAAAAGCAUUUAUAAGGCUUUUUCUUUCAGUGUGCACUCAGCUGAUGUCUCUGCCUCUUUGUAACACUGGUACACCUCACAUAGGAAAACUCGCUCAGACAUCCAAUCACUGACAGUAUUGUUGACAGAAGAAAAAUGUAUGCACACUGAGCUCAUACUGCGUGUUGCUGUCACCUUUGAAAACCUCUGAACCCACUCUGUCUGAAUAGACCAUGAUUGUUGGAGGCUGAACCCACAGAUUAAUCUCUCCUCUCAGCUGUUCUCCACUCACACUCUGUCCACACCUCAUUCAAAGGCUUUGCACCUCGUGCUACUCCCCUCUGAUUACAAUAUUAUGAUCACAUUGAUACAGGAAUAUUGUACGAGUUGUCGUAUGAGGCCAAAAUGCAUCUCUGACCACAGCCACCUGUUGUGAUUAACACCAAGCCAGUGGCGGGCACACAGGUGUAAGGAAACACCAGUGGCCCUCACUUCACACAUCAUGAAAACCCCUGAGCGGUUGAAUCUACACCUUCUGAGCUAGCAUUAAGCUGAAACUCUGGGCAAUAAAACAACAGGGUCAGCAUAGGAGACGACUUGACAUCAACAAACUGAAAUGCCCAAAUAAUAACAAGGAGUUUGCGUUGGAGCUGAGAAACCGUUUCAGCGCUCUCGGUAGCCUGGAUGACUCAACUAAUGAGGACCCUGAUAUCAACACCAAAUGGGAAACCAUCAAGACCACCAACAUUGAGUCAGCUACUAAAGCCCUGGGCUACAGAGAGAAGAGCAACAAGGAGUGGCUGACAUCUGGGACUUGCCAGAAAAUCGAACAGAGGAAACAACUAAAGGCAAAGAUGCUGAACACCAAGUCAUUGAGACUCCAGAAACAGGCCCAGGAAGCCUAUGAGAACAAGGACAAGGAGGUUAGAAAGAGCGCCAGGAGUGACAAAAGGGCCUUUGUGGAGAUGUUAGCUUGCAAAGCAGAAUGGGCAGCCGCAAGAGGCGAAAUGACCGUCAUAUACAAAAUCACUAAACAACUCUGUGGCAAGAAGACCAGCCAAUCUGCUCCUGUCAAAGACAAAGGCUGGAACAACCUCUUAAUAGAGAAUGAACAGGUGGCAAGGUAG